AUGUCUUUCUCUGCGGCCACUCUGGAGAUGCCGCAGGGUCAGAAAGACGUCGACCCCGCGUUAGACGCUCUCGCGCCUUCAGGCCUUGUCCUCCGCGGGGUUUCAUCCGUGCAUUCCUUGCGGGAUAUCCCCUAUGUUGAGGACAUGAGCGUACAGAUUGAAAGUAUCACAGAGGCCGUACACCGGUCUUUUUCGAUAUCAAGCAUAGCCUCUUCUGCCAAUGCCUCUAUGUCGACCAUGGCCCAACCCCCGCCAACCCAGAAACCCCCGCAUUCGCCGGGCGUCGGGGCGGGCCAGGCACCAUCAAUGUCUGCCGGCAUUGCACCUGCUACACCUGUAUCUAAUCUUCAAGCUGUGCUUGAGCUAAGAUCAGAGUAUCAGCGGGCCUCCAAGUUCAUCGAGCAAAAUGGAAAGCUGUGCAUGACCAGUAUCAUCCUCAGCAGCAUCAUCGAACGCAUCUCUAGCAGCUUUGACCAGGCUGUUAUUGACUAUUUAUCUUCUGCUUCCAGCAUUGCUUCGGUAGAUGCCCAAUAUUUCGCCAACUCGUACCAUCAACUUCACGACUUUUAUCGACAUCUUUGUCGUAUUGGUCCGCUCGCGGCUAUUCUUCCUAAUGCAUCUCGGCUUUCAACGCUAGUCAAAUGGGACUACCGUCAAAUGAUAAACUCCUUUCUGACUUUAAUUCGCACAUCACCUGGCUUUAUUGCUGCUUCUUAUCGAGAAUUAGAGCCCGCGCAGGCCGCGGCUUUCUUGGGGAGCCAGGAUACCGACAUUGUUGAUCGCGUCAAGCUCGCCCAGCGCAGGGACCCGUUAGGGAUUCUUUACCAUGGUGUUUUUCAUAACAGUCCUUAUCGAGCGAAUUUCUUCGCUGCAGUGUGUGCUUCUGUGCUUUUGGAAAACGAGGAUGACAAUCUAUGUUUGGCGAUCUUCAACCGGUUCAACAGCAGACCACUACCGCGUGAAACUGCCAAACAACUGACCAAUUUUCUCCGAACUUAUAUUUCCAAUGGUUUGUUUCUUGCCGCUCCUACCCAGUCCACACCAACGUGCGAAGUUGGAGAAGACGACUACGUCAACACCGCAGUUUCUCGUCUUAUUGCCUUGCUGGUCAAGCCUGAUGGCGUACUGUCUCGUCAAUUCACAGAACUUAUGGUAGCCCUCGAUCAACAGGUUGCAAACGAGCUUGUCGAGCAGCUGGCCAUCAAAUAUUUUGUUUGUUUCGUGCGAUCUUUAAUUUGUGACCCUCACUCCAGUGGCCUCCUUACUGAUAUGUAUAUCAGUGAAAAUACAAGACGUUAUAUAUUAUCCCCAUUGGUUGAUCGCAUCUCUUGCAUUAUCGAAGAUCCUUAUGGCCGUGAUCUGUUGGACGCUUUGAUCGGCCGAAGUCUGCCCGAGCCUACAGAUAUAAACAUGUUUUUUGCCCCUGGUGAGCAUAUCGUUUUGAAUAUGACCGAUAUUGUAACGUUAUUCAACGCUCUUUUACCUGUCAACGUGGGUGCUGCUGCUGCGGUCCCUUCCAAUGGCGAUGACGACGCCGAUGACGAUGACGAAAACGAGUGGUGCUUUUCCAACAUCAGAUCUGACCUUGAGCCAGUGAUCAAAGAACUCACUGGCAGCUUGCCUCAUCUUUCUAACCGUUUGAAUCGAAAUUCAGUCACCGAACCAGGAAUUUUCGCUGAGCAUUGGCAAGUUUUCAAAAUCGAAGCAGAUGGACUUAUCAACGAUAUCAGCGAAACACUUUGGCCCACAGAAGCUCCAUUGGAUGUUGUGGUUUUAGCAUUGACUGGUGAUAGUUCCAAGAGCGUUUACGAAAUGCUAGCAGAUGCCAUUCGAGAGGCAGAAGAUUCCGGCAACUUUCUCGAUCAAAUGCUGUUAGGGGCUGCCCUAAAGAAACCCGCGCCUCAACUGUUGGGUGAAAUUGCUCACAAGCUGGAGUGCAAUCUUGAAUUUUUGACUCAAAACGUUGAAAAACUCGAGACUUUGCUCGAAAAGUCGCUCGAGAGACUUUCUGUCCAACAGGAACUACUCCAUGGGUGUAUGCAACGACUCAGUAACCAGCGGGCGAUUGUGUGGUACGAGAGUGAGGUGAGAACUUGUGCAAAUUGGCAGCGCGCGAGUGAUGUGAUUGGCAUUUUACGGGGCGAAAAAGCACUGCAGCGUAGCAACAGUGGCUCAUCAACAACUUCAACUGUUUCUUCAGUAACGCGGCGAUCUUCACGAGCUCGUAGACUGUCUAUUUUGAGCACUCACAGUUUGAGUGUUGGCGAUAGCUUCUUUGUCUCGAAGGACUAUCUUCCCCGACCCAAAUUAAGCGACCGAGAGGUUGAGCUCACGAUACAGUAUAUGCGCACGCAUCACAUACAAAACUUUUGCCCGUCUGAGGAACUGAUUCAUCGCUUCACUUGCGAGAUUUCUAGUCUUGUUGAGCGGAUUUUCGACCGAGAAUUUUUGCUCAAUACAGCGAGCUACAAACUAGAUCUGAGGCGAGAGCCAUCGUUUGGACGUGAUCCACCUGGUAACCCGGUGCAAACACACCGCAUGUCGAUGUCAGUUUUACCGGAUAUGCGAGGCAGCGUAAGUGGUCAAAGAUAUGCGAACAGCUCACAUCAAUUCCGGCGGUCAUCCCCAAAUUUGCUCGACUUUUUCGAGUGGCGAUCCAGCGGAGGCGGAGACGCCAAUACCCCCAAGCCGCAAUCGUGUGAGCUCCAACUGGGGCUAGAUAUUGCUGGAGGAGAUGAGUAUAACGGGCUCCCUGACCGGUCGAUGAUAGUCGGGCUACUUUUAAGUGAUUUAGGAUUGGAGUUCUUGGAACGAGGGUCGGAUGUUGAUAUUUACAUGCAGCAAACGGGACGCAUGGUUCUUGAUGGCGAUAGUGGCAUAUAUCAGCCAAUUCUUGACAACAUUUCUGUACAGACAAAUCCAAUGGCCAAGCUUCGGGGACUUCACACGCUUGUGGAAGUAGCAAGAUACCAGCCGAGUUUACGGGGUGGCGGGGAUAUUGUGAAUCGUGACGACAUGGUUCAGGAGCUCAGCCAAAGCUUGUGUCGUGAGCCCGGCACUUUAUUCCGGGACCUUCAGCUUAUUGCGGCGUUUGUUCCCAUCAAUGUUCUUGACAGCACCGCAGAGGGCCAAGCGUUCUGGGACGUGGCUGAGGUUGCCUCGUCAAUUGUUGAACUGGCAAUGAGUAAAAGUAUGGGGCUCGCUCAGCGCAUUCUCAAGUAUCACAUGGAGACUGCGUUCGCGAGUUCGGUUACUACGAGCGGUAUUUCCGACGUGGUUGCCAUUUGGUCUUUUUGUGCCCGGUAUGGACGAGCUGCGGCUCAACGGCGUCUCGCGCAAUUGUACAUGGACUUUCCACAUACCCAGCUAGAUGUGAUGCCUUUCAGUCGUCCCGGCGUAAUUUUUGAAGGCGUCGAGCCUUCGGGCGUCCGUGAGGCCGUGGCGGCCCAUUGGAUGCAGCACGCCGCCGACCGGGGCGACGCUGAGGCCCAGCAGUGGUGUCAACAGCGGCUUUACUAG